GCAAAUUAAUGUGGCUCUGACUGAGAAUCUUCAUAGACAAAUUAAUGUGUUUUUUAGUUAUUGUUCCUCUGGAAAAUAAUGAAACGAUGAAUCGAAGUUACAGGAUAACCAAUGGCAUUUCAGUAACUAACGGUCCUCUAUUAUUGUACUACAGUAAAUUCUAGCCGCACCUAUUACUGUAUACUAUAGCCACAUAUCCGCGCAAAUCUCCACAUGUCCAAAGGAUGGCAGCGUUGGUAAAAUUCUCUGCGUUGGUGACAGCGCACAUCAAAGAAGGAGGGACCUGGUCUCCUCCUCACAUCACCAUCCCUCUCCUCACAGUAAUGAAUCGGCGUGUGAUGCAUCUGUUUCCAUAGCUAUCCAGGUUAGUUGUCGCUAAAAUGAUUUGUUUUCACCGCUGUCAUCUGUAGAAAACAGAGAGGUGGAGUGAAUAAGGACGGUGACAGCAGAGGAAUCUAAUAGCUUUCGGUUUCCUGCAGAGGAUGUGGUGAUUUUUUUUGGGAGUCGAGCUGCAGCAGUGAGACAGCAUCUUUACCGGGUGACACAUCAUUAUCACUGAGGAAAGACAAGCCUCGUUGGACACCAUGUCGGACAAAAGUGACCUGAAAGCUGAGCUUGAGCGCAAGAAGCAGCGCCUCGCCCAAAUAAGGGAGGAGAAGAAGAGGAAGGAGGAGGAGAGGAAGAAGAAAGAGUCAGAGAACCAGAAGAAGGCAGAGGUGACCACGGAGGAUUCAGACCUGGACCGAAAGCGCAGAGAGACGGAAGCACUUCUGCAGAGUAUUGGUAUCUCACCUGAACCACCGUUAGUCCCAACCCCUGUGUCUCCUUCCAAAUCUUUGAGCACACCCAGUGAGACGGGGAGUCAGGAUUCAGCUGAUGGAGGAGCUGCAGGAAGGUCAGGUUUCUCUAAAAACAAGUCCCAAGCUCAGAGCGCAAGGACGCUGCAGUGGGACACAGACCCCUCUGUGCUGCAGCUGCAGGCUGAUUCAGAGCUCGGGCGCAGGAUGCAGAAACUAGGAGCCUCCAAGAUCACACAGGUGGACUUCCUCCCCAAAGAGGUGGUCUCUUACUGCAAGGAGACACAGACGCCGCUCGCCGCCCACCUGUCUGAAGUAGAGGAAGAUGAAGAAGAUGAGGAGAUGAUGGAGACAAAGCCCGGCCCUGAUGUGGAGCAGCAGGAUGAAGACGACAACAGAGAAAACAAAGAAGGUUCUUUCCCCGUGCUGAGGGAGCUCACGGAGGAGGAGAGGCAGCAGAUACUGCACUCUUCGGACUUUCAGAGCUUCUUGGACUGCAGCAUCAGAGUGAUGGAGCGAGCCCUGGCAGAGGACGGCAACAUCUUCUUUGACUACAGCGGCCGUGACCUGGAGGACAAAGAAGGAGACUCAGGCAGUGGCUCCAGUCUCUCUUUCAGCAGACUCUUCUAUGACGAACACUGGUCCAAGCACCGGGUCAUCACCUGUCUUGACUGGUCACCUCAGUAUCCAGAGUUGUUGGUUGCUUCCUAUAACAACAAUGAAGAUGCUCCUCAUGAACCAGACGGCGUUGCCUUAGUGUGGAACAUCAAAUUUAAGAAAGCCACGCCAGAGUACAUCUUUCACUGUCAGUCUCCUGUAGUAUCUGUGGGCUUUGCCAAGUUUCAUCCAAACCUGGUGGUGGGGGGCACGUACUCAGGACAGAUUGUACUGUGGGACAACCGCAGUCACCGUCGGACACCUGUCCAGAGGACCCCUCUGUCUGCUGCUGCGCACACUCACCCUGUCUACUGCGUGAACGUGGUCGGUACCCAGAAUGCCAAUAACCUGAUCACUGUGUCUACUGACGGCAGGAUGUGCUCCUGGAGUCUGGACAUGCUCUCACAGCCACAGGAAACUAUGGAACUGCUGUAUAAUAAAUCCAAACCAGUAGCAGUGACAGGAAUGGCGUUCCCCAUGGGAGACGUUAACAACUACGUGGUGGGGAGUGAGGAGGGCACAGUGUACACGGCAUCCAGACACGGCAGUAAAGCAGGUAUCUGUGAGAUGUUCGAGGGCCACCAGGGGCCAGUGACGGGCAUCAGCUGCCACAACGCCGUGGGCACCGUCGACUUUUCCCACCUUUUCAUCACAUCCUCGUUCGACUGGACUGUGAAACUCUGGAGCACAAAGCACAACAAGCCUUUAUAUUCAUUUGAGGACAACGCCGACUAUGUGUAUGACGUCAUGUGGUCACCUGUGCACCCCGCAACCUUUGCUGCUGUGGACGGCAUGGGCCGCUUAGACCUGUGGAACCUCAACAAUGACACGGAGGUACCAACUGCCAGUGUAACCAUUGAAGGGGCGUCAGCCCUAAACAGAGUCCGCUGGUCUUCAGGGGGGAAGGAAGUAGCGGUGGGUGACUCCGAGGGAAGGGUGUGGAUCUACGACACCGGCGAGCUGUCUGUGGCACAUUCAGACGACUGGGCGCGCUUCGCUCGCACCCUGAUGGAGAUCCGUGCAAACCGGGCUGAUGGCGAAGAGGAGGGUCCGAUGGAGCUGGCUUCAUGACCUAAACGGACAAAAGUGGGAGAAAUAAGCAAGCUUUUACUGGUGUCAUCGUAGCACACGCUUCUCGUUUGUCAUAACUUCCUGUUUCAGUAUUUCCGUCUGCUUUGACCAAAGCUGUGUUUUCCUCUCAAAUGCAAACACUAUUAGUGUGUAAGCUGUUCACUCGCCAUGAGGUUGUUUUUAUUUAUUUAUUUAUUUUCACUCCCUUCGACAUCGGGGUGAUGUGUUGCUUGGAGGUUGUGAGCCUACAGUAUAAACCAAGUCCUAUAGCCUUAUGAUGAUAUGUGUACCGUAUCAAUGCUUUGCACUACUGUGAAAAUAAGCAGGGUCCAUAGACUAGUCAUGCAUUGUUUACACAACAACACGUUCAACUCUGUGUUUGGUUUUCUCCCCUGUGUAUUAAAUCUGCAUGUGAUACAUUCCUGAAAUUCCCGCUGCAUAAAGAGGGAGUUCACACUGUUCCAUACUGUACUGUGACAGUGUGUCAGUGUGACAGUCGACAUCACAGGCAAAGUGUGGCUUCAGGGUGGAUGAUAGACUCAGCUUCACAUUGUUUUACAAACUGACGGUUGGUAGAAGGUACGGAUUAUUGUGAUGCAGUGUUGCUGUCAAACAUGUUAAGUUCACCAUUAAAGCAGAGCUGACGAAA